GCGUCACCCCGGCCCUAAAACCGUGUGCAGGGAACGCCUCUCUCACUCCUUACUUCCGCUUCCUUCAAGUAAGGAGUCGGUGCCUUCCCCUUUUUUCUCAGCCCGGCGACGGCGGCGUAGGCUUGAGAUGUUUGGCCUCAAGAGAAACGCAGUGAUCGGACUCAACCUCUACUGUGGGGGGGCCAAGUUGGGGGCCAGCGGCGGCGGCGGCGACGCCUCGCCUUCGGGAAAAGGGCUUCUGACUGCGGGGAAGGAGGCCGCGGCCCGGCGAGAGGCCGGGGGAGGGGAGGCGGGCCCGGUGAUGGGCGGCAGCGCCGGCGCGAGCCCCCCGGCCACUCUGGCGCCGGACGCCCGGAGGGUCGCGCGGCCCUCGCCCAUUGGCGCCGAGGGCCCCGACGUCACCGCGACCCCCACGAGGCUGCUGUUCGCGCCCGUCGGCCGCGCGUCGCUGCCUGAGAAGGAGAUGGAAGCCGCGGCCGCCGACGCCAUCAUGUCGCCGGAAGAGGAGCUGGACGGGUACGAGCCGGAGCCUCUCGGGAAGCGGCCGGCUGUCCUGCCCUUGCUGGAGCUGGUCGGGGAGGCCGGCCCCGGCCCCGGCGCGGGUGGCUCGCUGCCCUCCACGCCGCCCCCAGCGGAGGAGGAGGAGGAGGACGAGCUGUUCCGGCAGUCGCUGGAGAUUAUCUCUCGGUACCUUAGGGAGCAGGCGACCGGCGCCAAGGACGCGAAGCCCCUGGGCGGGCCUGCGGCCUCCAGCCGGAAGGCGUUAGAGACCCUUCGGCGGGUCGGCGACGGCGUGCAGCGGAACCACGAGAUGGCCUUCCAAGGUAUGCUUCGGAAGCUGGACAUCAAGAACGAGGACGACGUCAAGUCUUUGUCUCGCGUGAUGGUUCACGUGUUCAGUGACGGCGUAACAAACUGGGGCAGGAUUGUGACUCUCAUUUCUUUUGGUGCCUUUGUGGCCAAACACUUGAAGAGCAUAAACCAAGAAAGCUGCAUUGACCCAUUAGCAGAAAGCAUCACAGAUGUUCUCGUGAGGACGAAGCGAGACUGGCUAGUGAAACAAAGAGGCUGGGAUGGGUUUGUGGAAUUCUUCCAUGUAGAGGACCUAGAAGGCGGCAUCAGAAAUGUGCUGCUGGCUUUUGCAGGUGUUGCUGGAGUAGGAGCUGGUUUGGCAUAUCUAAUAAGAUAGCCUUUUAAGUGAAAGAAUUGACUCUUAACCAACUCCAGGCAUCAGAUCCACAACCAUCUGCUGUGAAACCAGUGUAUUUAUGAAGUUGGACUUCAAAGCUGUCCAGGCUGUAACCUCAAAGCAACGUAGAAAAACAAGUGGCAAGAGGAUUAUGGCUAACAGGAAUAAAUUUCAUGGAAAAAGUAGUCCCCAUUGAAGAGUCACUGUCUCUAAAAGAAGCAAAGUUAAGUUUCAGCAACCUGCAAACUUUGGGAGGCCCUGAAAGGAGGACUUUUAGAUUUAGUGAAGAUGGUAGGGUGGAGAGACUUGCUAUCCUUGCCUAGAACAGGAGAGUGGCCAGUAGCCAGGCUAGUCAUAAAGAGUUCAUUAGAUAUGCCCAUUGAUUUCUCUAGUGUUAAAAGAGAAGCACUAACAAUGCCAGUGAACUGUAAAGUGGAUUUAAGCUACAACAGAAAUAUGACUAGAAGCCUCAGUACUGUACAACAGAGUGUGAAGGGAAGCUUUUUCCUCUGUAUAAUUGGCUUUCCCAAGUAUGCUUCUUGAAGAAUAGAAAGUCCAAGUGCUCAGGACUUAUUACCUGUUCUACUUUGACUUGGUUUGAGUGGUUUAGUUUGUUAGCCUUGUAAUGGCCACAAAUACUUGACUUAAGGCUCAAUAAUUGUAGUUACAAAUGUGGAUUAUCCUCAAUUUUUAAGAUAAAAACAACUUGUAAAUGUGUCUGUAAAAAUUGUAUAUAUUUUUACAGAAAGUCUAUUUCUUUGAAAUGUAAAGACACAAGAGUAGAAUUUCCAUUAGUUUUUUCAUACCCUUUUGAAAUUUACAAUUUCUAUAGUUAGGAACCUAUUUCUUACAGCUUUUCUAUCCUAAACUUUGUCCUGGUCAAUUCUAGAUUGUAUACAGAACCAGUUGAUGUAAUUGUAUGCAACCUGGUUGUGAUGGAACAAUUCUGAUUCAUAACUAUGCAGGCUUUAAUUUUCCUAUCAGAUUUUGGUAAGUAUUCCUUAUAGGGCUUUUUUUUUUUUUUAAUCUGGGUUGAGAAAUUGGGUGAUGGAAAUUCUUUCACUUCGUUACAUGUAGAUUUUCAAUAAUUGAGUCAGGUUGUUUUAAGGGGGGUGGGAGAUGGGGAGCAGGCCAUUGAUUUACAAAUAAUGAGCUCUGAUUGGGCAACAACUUGUUUUGAGUUCUUCUGUUCGACCUAGCUUAACUGGUGAAAUUUGUGUUCAUGAGCUCAUCUGCAAAGCUUUUAAAAAGAUUUUCAGCUGUUCCAAAUGGGAUUUACUAGCAGUAUGUGUAUAAAAAGAUCUCAUCAGGUGGAUGAGAGAUGUUUGAUCCCUUUGCUUAAUAAGUUGUAAAAUGAUGGCUUUGAAAAACAGGCUCUAGUCUAACCAUGGUGCUAUUUUAGGCUGGCUUGUUAAACACGGGUCUAAGCCUAAUAUAUAAAUAAAGCAAAUACUUAAUUGUUUCAUUUCUAUUAAUGAUUCCCAAAUUUUGUUUUAAGUUUUUGCAUUGGCAUCCCUUCGGAUUUCAGAACUUGUUCUAUUGAACUUACCAUUUGUUUCCUAUUUUCCCUUUGAAUUAUUUGCUGCUUGUUCUGCUCCCUCUACAGAUAUUUAGAUAAAUUCUACAACCCUGUCAUCCCUGAACUCUAGCCUAUUUAGUUUUGGGCACUAGGAACCUAAGUAACCACCCCUAUAGGAGUCCACAGACCUUUAUCCUUGGUAGUACAAGGGGCUCUGUGAGGUGGGAGGAGUCCCUUUUCCUUGGACUGGUACCUUUUCGGUUUUAGCUUUUCCUACCUUUUUGGGGGGAGGGGAGGGAAUUUCAAAAGUCCCCUUAACAAUUUUUUAGAGGGGAGAAUAUCUUACAUGACUUUCUCUAGAUUCCUUUGAAUAUGAUCGUUUAAAAUUGUAGAACUAGGUACAGAGUGCUAUAAAGGCUACAAGUCAAGCUGCAGAAAGCAAUGUUGGAACUAGGGUCAUUUGAAAGCGUCAGCCUCAGAACGUGAUCUUUAGUCUGUGGACUCCAGAUAAAAAUAGGCAUGAAUAAAAUGACUAAGAAUGUAAUAGGGAAGAAUGCCCUGCCUGCCCAUCUCCGAGCCAUAAGGUCAUCUAGCUAGAGCUAUUUUUACCUAUGUAUUUAUCAUUCUUGAUCAUAAACCACUUAUUUAUAUCAUGUCUGUCUCUAAGGACCUAAAAGCACUUUAUGUAGUUUUUAAUAAAACUUAAGAUCUGGUUAAGGUGACUAAAAGGCCUGUCUCCCCAUAUCCAGUUGUGGGAAUGAAUGCAUAGAUGUAAGUUGGUGGCAUUUAGGGGCCCAGUUUACUAGGUGUGACUGCUGAAAUGAGGGUCUUAGUGAAUAUUGUUCGUGAGGGCUUAGGGAGCCCAAGUACUUUGGGAAAGGGUGGAUGGUUUUAUAGGGAGAGGAGGCACUUGUUCUAAGUGCUGACUAGCUACAUACUUCAGGCAAAUCCUCCCAAAUGGGAAGGGAGGGAAUGCUUGGAAAGAUGGCUGUCUCAGCUAUUCUGUCUUAUGCUUCUCUCAGGGAAAAACCUUCAGGCCUCUAGUGUAACAUCCCAUAGAGGUGGACACCUUGGUUCUAGUUAAGCAGCUGCUGUUGUUAACAGCUGUACCAUUGGGGUUAGGACCAACUACAAAUUAAAUGUGGGCUGUAAAAUGUAGUGUGUUUCCCUAACUUCCUGUUUUUUUCCUGAGAAGAAAAUAAUAAAUCUUUAUUCAAAUGCAA